UUAAUCUUGAAAAGGAGGGGCCAGGGCACUGCACACAGCACAACACAUAGAUGAGACAGGAGAAGAGACCAUUUGAUGUCUCAGCUGGGUCAACAGGAGGAACUGAAGAGUACAAGCUGCAACAGGUUGAUCUUGGCUAAAUGCGAUCUCCGGCAACAGUGAGAACUAUGACUCCCCAACUCUACCUGUGCCUCCUGGUCCUGGGACACCUGGGCGUGGUGCUCUCUUGUCGGGUGGGGACGCUGGAGGAAUGCCAGGCAGCCCCGUUCGUCCCCGGGCACAACCUGGCGGGAGAGGGCUUUGACGUUGUGAAGCUCCAGCACAAAGGCGCAUACGUGAUCGACCUCCAGACCUUCCUGGACUCUAACAAAUCGUGCACCCUCUGUGAGAACCCGCUUCAUGGAGACGAGCUCCAGAAACUGCCGCUGUCCGUGCUGGACUGGCGCCCCUUCACCAGCUGCAGGCAGGAGCUGUCCAGCACUCUGCUCAAAACCGUCACCUCCGUGGCCGACAGCGCGACCGACCUCAUCGAGAACGACUGGACCGUGGGCCUCGGCCUCGGGGACAUCGCCGAUAUAACCAUUGGUGGCAGGCACUCCACCGCGGUCGAGUUCGCCAUUAAGGCCUCUGCGAGCGACAAGUCCGUCUUCACUUCUCACCAGCUCAGCUGUAGCCAAUACAGCUACCGUGUCUCAGGAAACCCGCCUCUCAGCCCAGAGUUCCAACAGCAGUUGCGCUCUCUCCCACAGGAGUACAGUCCGAACACACGCCACCUGUACAAACGAUUCAUCCACACCUACGGAACGCACUACAUCCAGCAGGUGCGCCUGGGCGGUCGUCUGAGGAGGCUCACCUCCAUCCGCACCUGCCUGGCUACCGUCAACGGCUACUCGGCCACCGAGGUGAAGGACUGCCUGAACACGGGCCUCUCUGUGGGGCUGGGCUAUCUGGAACCUUCCGCCACUACCAGCCAGUGCAGGACUCUGCUGGAGAACCAGGACAGCCAGACGGGCUCUCAGCAGUCAUACCUGAACCAUGUCACCGAGGUCUUGGGCGGAAACAAGUGGCUGGGAGAGGUGUCCCUCUUCAAGAAUGAAUUCUUCGACUUCCAAAAAUGGCACACCAGCCUCAAGGACCUCCCGGACAUUGUGUCGUACUCUCUGGUCCCCCUCCACGAGCUGAUUCCCAACCCUGUCGUCAGGGGGAACGUGAAUUCCGCGGUCAAUCAAUACCUGAAGGAGAACGCUAUCCCAAAAGACAAGUCCCCCAAACAGUGUGUUGGGCAGCCCAACCUUUCUGCUGACUGCUGCCCCCAAAACUUGAAGAGAGGCCGGCUGCAGGUGACCGUGAUCAAGGCCUGGGGGCUGCGUGGGGACCCGGUGGGGAAGACAGAAGCCUAUGUGAAGGUCUGGUAUGGACCCCACUUCCGCAAGACCAACUGGAUCAAUUCGCAGAACAACCCCUCCUGGAACCGGGACUAUGACUUGGGCCAUGUGGAGGCCGAUCACGAGCUGAAGAUGGAAGUGUGGGACAAGGAUGUGUCAUACGAUGACCACCUUGGCACCUGCCGUACGCAACUGCAGGAGGGCAGCCACACCCUCGGAUGCAAUCUGAGUAAAGGAAGGGGCUUCUCCUACUCCUACACUCUCACCUGCGACCCACAACUCAGCGGCUACCAGUGCGGCACGUACAAGCCUGCCUAACAGUACUGGGUCAGGGGACAACAGGCAGUACAAGCCUGCCCCCCCAGUGACGGGUCAGGAGACAACAGGCCAAAUUUAAAAAAAAGAAAAUUUGCACGCUGAUCUGGUCACAGAAAUACAAGAAAAUCUACCUGCUGUUAUCAUCAAUGAACAAGAAUGUAAUCCUCCAGAGCAAUGCCACUAUCACCAAUCUACUGCAAUGCAUGUUUUACAAUAAUCAGCACUUAUUGCUGUGUUAUCUUGAUUAAUGUAUUUAUCAUGAUGACUAUCACAUAUUGUGUGUACCCAGCCAAGUUCACAGUGACCUGAUGAUUUUCUGCUCCAAUGAUUUUCACUUUAUCAAUCCGCUAAAUAAACAAAUUGUAUAGCUGA